CUUCGCGUUCACUGCCGCGGCGGUGCGCACUGCUCCUGGCGGACGCACGCUUCAUCCACCCCCCUCCUCUCUUACCUCAACGGUGAAACGCCUCUCUCGUCUUGACCAUCAUGACUUAUGCAUGAACAUCAUACUGCUAACAUAUAAAGCGCUUUCCGGAUACCGACCAGAGGCUGGGAAAUAAGACUCCCGGGCGUUUUUUUGCGCUCCCCGUAGCAGAAUAAGGCAGCAUUUCCCCUGCGGCAUUUUGCGCCUCGCAGGAAACCGUGUCACCUGCUCACGUUGUGCAUGACCAUCACAAAGAUGACAUGGCGCCCCCAGUACCGCAGCUCCAAGUUCCGGCACGUGUUCGGCAAGGCCGCCACCAAGGAGAACUGCUACGACGGCGUGCCUAUCACCCGGAGCGUCCACGACAACCACUUCUGCGCCAUCAACCCGCGCUUCAUCGCCGUGGUCACCGAAUGUGCCGGAGGCGGAGCCUUUCUCGUCCUCUCCGUACACCACACUGGGAAGGUGGACCCCCAUCACCCCAAAGUGUCUGGGCACAGGGGAAACGUCAUGGACAUCAAAUGGAAUCCCUUCGAUGACCUGUGCGUCGCGUCCUGCUCCGAGGACGCCACGGUGAAGAUCUGGGACAUUCCUAAGCACGGCUUGCUGAAGAACAUCACCGUUCCCCGGAAGGAUCUGCAGGGCCACUCGCGCAGGGUGGGGCUCAUCGAGUGGCACCCGACGGCCAGCAACGUGCUCUUCAGCUCCGCCUACGACUACAAGAUAAUGGUGUGGAACCUAGAUUCUCCGGAGCAGGUGAUCAAGAACCCGGUGAAGACCAUCAGCCUGCACACCGACAUGGUGCUCUCCAUGUCCUUCAACACGGACGGCAGCCGACUGGCCACCUCCUGCAAGGACAGGAAGAUCCGGAUCAUCGACCCGCGUACCGGGGCUCUCCUGCAGGAGGCUAACUGCAAGUCACAUAAAGCCAACAAAGUGUUAUUUCUAGGGAAUCUGAAGAUGCUUAUUUCAACCGGAAAUUCUCGGUGGAACCACAGGCAAAUAGCUCUCUGGGAUCAGGAGGACCUCUCUGUGCCUCUGUUACAGGAGGAUCUCGACGGCUCGUCUGGUGUGCUGUUUCCGUUCUAUGACCCUGACACCCACAUGCUUUAUGUGGCAGGAAAAGGCGACGGCAACAUCAGAUACUACGAAGUCAGCUCAGAGAAGCCCUACAUGCAGUUUCUAACGGAGUACCGCUCACUGCUACCUCAGAAGGGAAUGGGGAUCAUGCCGAAGAGGGGCUUGGACGUCUGCUCCUGCGAGGUGUUCAGGUUCUACCGGCUGGUGACAAUCAAGGGCCUGAUAGAGCCCCUCUCCAUGAUCGUCCCCCGCAGGUCGGAAUCAUACCAGGAAGACAUCUACCCCAUGACUGCCAGCAACGAGCCCGCCAUGUCGGCAUCGGACUGGUUCUCCGGCCUGGAUAAAGGCCCCUUGCUCAUGUCAUUGAAGCCAGGCUCCAAAUUACACGACUCGUACUUGGACUCCGUAGAGGCGAAAGCCCCGAUCAGCGUCCUGGAAGCCAAACGCUCCCAGACGCGCCCCGGCCAGAUGCAGCUGGCCCAUGUGCAGGAGACGCUGGAAACCAAAGAGAGCAGGGAGCCCAAGAUCUUCAACGACCUGAAGUCUUGGCAAGGGGACAGCGUCCAGGAUAAGGGUGUGACAUCGGUGACUAACGGACGGGAACCACUGCUGUGUUCACCUCCCAAAACUGAGAAUGAGCUCCUGCAGACCUUCUACCGGCAGCAGGAUGAGAUUCGGCGCCUCAGGGAGAUGCUGUGCCAGAGGGACGUGCGGAUUAAGCAGCUGGAGCUGGAGAUCAAGAACAUGAGGAACUCAAGAGGCGUGUACUGAAGGAGGCGGCCCCCGGACGGACGGGCCCCAAACCCUCGGCACUGCCACCACCCCCUACUGCACCCCCCCGCUGCUUUGUGCUUCAGACUCCCUCAAAGGGGGUACCUACUAGGGGCCUGCAGGAAGCCUGCCCAGGAGUUUGGUGUGAAUAUCGUACCUUUUUCUACGCGCCACAUGACAAUAUCGCGCUCAACUCCGUGUCCAUUUUUGAGCCACGAAGUUGCCGUUUAUGUCUUGUUUUUUUUAAUCAUUUUCUUUAUGCCUGUCAGUAAUAAAUGAUUAUCUCUCGCCGAAUUCCAUUUUUGGGAACUUCCCAAGGGAGAAUCGGACAUCCUUGUGAUUGAUUCAGGUGACCCACUGAUUUUUUAAUUUUUUUUUAUUAUUACCCAUGAAUUUUAAUUACUGUAUGUUGGUGUAUGAAUGUUGAUACUGCCUUAUGAUUUUAUUAGGUUGUUAAUGACGACGGGUAGAAUAGUCUUCUGCUCUUGAGCAUUUAAAGAAGCUGAUUUCCCCCCCCGCACCAUUUUUGUCAUAUAAACUCGGCUCAAAUGAAUAUCUGGUGUAAUCUAGACCUGUGUUCAUCGGGUGCUUUGUCUCCUUUUUAUUUUGCAAAUAGUUUUUCUUUUAAGGCAUUUAUUUAUUAUUAUUAUUAUCGUCAUUGUUUUCUGUUGUCUGGGCUAAAAGUCAGCCAAAAAAAAUGAUCAUUGUCAGGAGACAAAUAUCACAUUCUGUCAUAUCUUUUAUGUUCUGCUAAAAAAAAAAAAAUCCCAGGAGCGACAACUUUGCGUCAUUGCCCCGGACUUUCUCAGG